UCAUAUUUAUGUUUAAAAAUACGUUUUUAAAGUGUUUAAAAUGUAGUUUUAGCAUGUUCAAUAUUUUUUUUUCCUGUUUGGCCCGUGACCUAUGGUGUGUUUUGGAUUUUGUCCCCCAAGUGCGACUAAACCCCUGUCAUACUUACUCAUUUAAAAAAAAAAAAAACUUUGCCUUGAGCGACGACAACAAGUCUAUGGGGCGAAAGCGCGCGUGAGCCAUAGACAGAGGGUGUGAACCCGGAGAGUCACGUGACGCGGAAGUAGAAGCCGCAUUGAGAGCAGAGCAACAACAAGAGCCGUUCUCUGUCCGGACAAGGCAACAUGUCGAAGUUUUUGGAAGAAAUUCGAAGCAGCUUAGCAGGGAAAAAGAAAACUUCAGUGGUUGUUCAGGAGGAUCUGCAGAAAUGGGGGCUGCGAGGGAUCCAGCUCAGAGGAUAUCAACUGGACGGGGUCCAGUGGCUGAUCCAGAACCUGCAGAACCAGCAGGGAUGCAUCCUGGGAGAUGAGAUGGGUUUGGGCAAAACCUGCCAGACCAUCAGUCUCCUGGUGUAUGUGGCUGGAGCUCUUGGGAAUAAAGGUCCAUUUUUGGUUCUGAGUCCUCUCUCUGUCCUGGAAAACUGGAGAAAAGAGCUGGAAAGCUUUGCUCCCUGUCUGACUGUGCUGUGUUACAAAGGAGAUAAAGACAAACGUGCGGAGAUGCAGCAGCAAGCAAGAUCACAGGACUUCCAAGUUCUUCUCACCACCUAUGAGCUGUGUCUCAAAGAUGCUUCAUUCCUGAGGAGGGGCCACAGGGUCCUGCUGUUCUCCCAGAUGACGAGGAUGCUGGAUAUCCUUCAGGACUACAUGGAGUACAGAGGUUACAGCUACGAGCGACUGGAUGGGUCUGUCCGAGGAGAGGAGCGCAAUCUGGCGGUGAAGAACUUCAGCACCAAAGACAUCUUUGUGUUUCUGCUCAGCACUAAAGCAGGAGGAGUGGGCAUCAACCUGACCGCGGCUGACACGGUCAUUUUUGUGGACAGUGACUUCAAUCCACAGAACGACCUGCAGGCGGCCGCAAGGUGCCACAGGAUUGGCCAAAACAGGCCCGUGAAACUGAUCCGGCUCCUGGCUAGAGACACGGUGGAGGAGAUCAUGUACUCUCGUGCCGUGUCCAAGCUGCAGCUUACCAACACCGUCAUCGAAGAUGGACGCUUCUCUUUACUGGAUCAGGCUCACUCAGCUGCUGCAGGAGUGCAGUUAAGUGAAAUCUUGAAGUUUGGAGUAGAUAAGCUCCUGUCGUCAGAUGAGAGCUCGGUGCAGGACGUAAACCUCCAGAAUAUAUUUGGGUCAUCGCGAGAUGGUUGUUGGGUCGAUGACGAGGACUUGAAGGCUGCUGGAGACGAGGAAGAAGAAGAAGAAGAAGAAAAAGAGGAAAGACCGGAAUCAGACGAGCUGAACCACAUGUACAUCUUUGAGGGUGUAGACUACAGUCGCGACCCGAGCUCUGACGACCAGAAGAUCUUUGAGCGUCUGCUGGAGGAGCAGCUGGCUGAGAUUCAGAAGGCUGUGGGGGAGGGACGAGCCCUGAGACACAAAGCCGGGGUCUCCCUUUCGGUGGCUGUUGGGAUUCCAACGAGGAAAAGGAAACCUCUGACCGAAGCAGAGCUGGAGCUCCGGAGGAAGAGGAGGGAGGAAGCUGCAGCCAAGAGAGCAAAGCUCCAGGAGGACCUGAAGAGGAAGCAGCAGGCCAAGAAAAUGGCAUGGUGGGAGUCCUCUGGGUACAGGUCACUUUGUCUGCCGCCUGUGGGGAGUGAGGAAGACGAGGAUGAGGAGGAUGACAGCAGCUCUGGCUCCAUGGACUCGAACAGUGUGGAAAUCCACUAUGUUCUUGGUGAUGUGACUCACCCACACGCUGCCAAAGGAGAUGCUAUCAUCGUCCAUUGUGUUGAUGACUCAGGCCGAUGGGGCAGAGGAGGCCUCUUCACGGCGCUGGAGGUGAGAUCAGACCAACCACGAAAACAGUAUGAGCUGGCCGGCAAGAUGAAAGAUCUGGAGCUGGGAAGUGUUCUGCUCUUCCCCAUUGAUGACAAACAAUCCAGACUGGACGGCCAAGAUCAGUUGGCUCUCAUUGUGGCACAGCGGCGAGACAAGGCCAACAAUUUGUCUGGGAUCCUCUUAACGGCUCUGGAUGAAGGCCUGAAGAAGAUCUAUGUGGCAGCCAGGAGGAAAAAAGCAAGCGUUCAUCUUCCUCGUAUCGGCCACUCCACCAAAGCCUUCAACUGGUACGGCACCGAGAGGCUCAUCAGAAAGCAUCUGGCCUCCAGAGGGAUUCCCACGUUCAUAUACUAUUACAAAAAAGUGGACGGGAAGACCGGAGCACCUCAGACGCCAGCAGCAUCAACGGUCGACCCCAAACCAGCGUCCACCAGCUCAGGCAACUGCCAAACCAAAGCACAGCUGAAGAGCGGCACCGAGUUGCCGGGCUUCAUGCACGGAGUCUGCGUGUUUUUCUACAAUAUUCCUGCGUCAGAAAGAAAAAGUCUGGCUCGCUACCUUAUCACGUAUGAUGGAGAUGAAGAGGACGUCCUGAGCGACAACGUCACCCACAUUGUAGCAGAAGUGGAGAACAACAUCCACACACAGGAGCUCCGUGAUCUGAAGAGUCGGAGUCCCGAGGUUGUUCCUGUGCAGAAGGCCUGGCUGGAGUCCUGCUUCUCCAAACAAAGAAAAGUCAACACUGCCCACUUUCUGCAUCAACUCUAAAAGUUUUCUUUGAAAAUCCUCUUCCAAGCCUGGAUGAACUUGUAGGCUAAACACUAAAUCAUAUUAAAGCCGAUUUAAUGAAGCGUUUGAGUGUAAUUACAAGUGAAUAAACUGUAUGUACUUCACUCUGUGGAGGUGAGUA